AUGCCUUUGAGAAAAGUGGUACCGUGCAUGCUUCUAAUGCUUGAUUUACGCAACCCUUCAGUGUAUCGCUAUAUAAGUGUUCAAGACCUCUGCAUUGAAGUCGAACUCCGAUUUAAGCGCAAGGUUGGGGACCUGGAGAAAAAGGUGAAAGUGGUGGUGGAAGCGUUUUCACAUAAAGAAGAACGGGAAUGCACAUUCGUCGACAUUGGCAAGCAUUUACAAGGCCAUUCUAGGCACACACUCAUCAACGAGAAUGCAAUGCCUAAUAACCUGCAAGUCACAGCACCUCAUGUGUAUAUAUACUGCGCUGAACGCACUUGCGUUUAUGCUGGCAGUACUGAAGAAGUCAUCUGGAUCUCGGGUGGAAAUCUAGAGCGAGCUCUGAUUUUCUGCCUGCUGACGUACUACAUUAAGAACCUUGACUACCCACCAGCGUUCUCAUCGGUGCUCGUCUUACUGCAGAAGAUAACUCUACCUGACACAAAAGUGCCCCGUGGACUGCUCACGAACCGGCUGAAAAAUUUGCUCAUUAUGUUGAAGAAGAACAAUUUGUGUUAACUUUUCGAA